CUUUGGCCUGUUUCGCUGGUGUGUGUGAUAGCGUUGUAGCCUGGCCUAGCUAGGCUUAGGUUCUGAUGGUAAAAAGAACCUAUGAUUAACCACUUGCUUAAGUCUUGAGCUCUGUGUCAAGUAUACAAACGUCCUGUAAAAUGUCAGCGACAACACUCACUGCAGAACAGUUGAAAAGAAUUGAAGAGAACCGUCGUAAAGCGCUUGCAAAAAAAUCUAACCGAUUAAAUCAGGCCACAUUAUCAAAACAGAGUCAACCAAAGAAUGUGAUCAAACCAACUAAUUCAACACCAACAGCUGUGGACUCAAGUGAAAGAGGAUUGAAUUCCAGCAAAGGCAGUCUUGUCAGACAAACAAAUGCUCUAAGCUUUAACUGUAGUAAAAGUGUUGAGGAUUCUGGCAAAUACAACCAAAUAAGAUCAACUACUGCAGUAAACUAUAGUAAAAGUCAGGCCUUACACAGAGGACCCCAAUCAAGCCUUGGUAAGGUUUGUCCACCACAAGUGCAAACGCAAUUAAAAGCAACAAGCUCUGCAAGUUUUGUCACCAGGAAUUUCUACAGCUCAGGACAAUCCAAAAGCACCAUUGGUCAUGAUAAGAAGACCCCACAAUUGGCAUCUCAAUUCUCAUCUCGUGCAAGAAGUACUAAUGUGAAAACCUCACAGAUUUCUUCAACAAAGACGGGACAUUUUACAUUAAUAUCAAGAUCUCAUUUUUCUGUAAAUAUUCCCUUUAAUGCAAAAAUAAUUGAUAUUUUCAAGCAGAUGCCCACAAAGUCUUACGAUGCUGUCAAUAAAAUCUGGAACUUUAAUCUGAGUGACUAUGACAAACUUUGGAAAGCACUCAAAUCUGCAGGGAUGGAGAGUGAUCUUGAGCCACUUCCAAAAGCUGUUACUACUACAUUCAGACAACAGAGGCAUGGUGAAGAUAAGCCACUCACAGCACCAGAGGUCAACCUGAACUCAAUUGAUAGUGAGCUGGUAGAAGCCCUUAUGCCAUUCCAAAGAGAGGGUGUCGGUUAUGCAAUAGAAAGGCAUGGUCGUGUAUUAAUGGCGGAUGAUAUGGGCCUCGGCAAGACAUUUCAGGCCAUCUGUGUGGCAUGUUAUUACCGGGCUGAAUGGCCGUUACUAAUUGUGUCACCAUCAUCACUCAGAUAUGUAUGGAAAGAGACGUUACAGAAGUGGCUACCCUCUAUAGACCCUGAUAGCAUCAAUGUGGUGCAGAAAGUUAAAGAGAGUGGCACAAGUGGAUUGAUCAAUAUUUUGAGUUACGACCUGAUGUCCCGAAAAGCUGCCGAGCUGAAGUCCAAGAAAUUUCAUGUGGUCAUCAUGGAUGAGUCUCAUUUCCUCAAGAACUUCAAAACUGCAAGGACGAAGGCUGCUAUUCCCAUAUUGAAGAAUGCGUCCCGUGUGAUCUUGCUGUCAGGAACACCUGCCCUCUCAAGACCGAGUGAGUUGUAUGUCCAGGUGAACGCAAUUGACAACACCCUCUUUCCAGUAUUUCAUGAAUUUGGACUUCGUUACUGCAAUGCCCAUCAGAAUAAGUGGGGCUGGGAUUACUCAGGCUCUUCCAACAUGACAGAGCUGCAGCUCCUCCUAGAGGAACGAAUCAUGGUGAGAAGGAUCAAGAAACAGGUGUUAUCUCAGCUGCCAUCCAAGACCAGGCAGGUGGUGAUGCUGGAUCCAGCAUUGGUCAACACCAACUGCAAGAGUUUCCUGAGCUCCUCAAAGGGAAUGGCCAAUAGUAAGAGUGGAAAUGACAAAUCUGCACUGCUGCAAUAUUUCAAUGAAACUGGAUUGGUCAAGAUGAAGGCAAUCAAGGAUUAUGUUGUUGACCUGUUAGAGUGUGGUUGUAAGUUCUUAGUGUUUGCUCAUCAUCAGGCAGUACUUGAUAUGUUGUGUGAAGUCUUGAAGGAAAAGAAAAAGGGAUUCAUGCGUAUUGAUGGAUCGACAAGUUUAGAAAAACGGCAAGAGAACUGUGAUGUGUUCCAAAUGAAUGACGAGUGUGUGGCGGCGGUCCUGUCAAUCACAGCUGCCAACUCCGGUCUUACCCUCACUGCAGCAUCCCUCGUCAUCUUUGCAGAACUCUUCUGGAAUCCUGGAAUCUUGAUGCAAGCAGAGGAUAGGGUACACCGCAUUGGUCAGAAAGAGUGUGUAAUGAUUCGCUAUCUGGUUGCAAAGAACACUGCUGAUGAUUAUAUAUGGCCACUUAUACAAGAGAAGCUAAAAGUUCUUGGAAAGGCAGGAUUGUCUAAAGACAAUUUCAACAAUGCUGACAUGACCAAUUUUAAGGAUCCAAAACAGAAAGACAUUUUGUCAUAUUUUGAACGAUCUUUCAUUGAGGAUGACAUGGAAGACGACGAAGAAAUCCUACAACAGAUCUCUGAAAUGGAGGAUGCUGCAAUAUAUGAGGAGUUAAGUCAAGAAUCUGCAGAUGUUGAUACACCAGGCGACAUAAGAAUUGGUGGCAAUUCAAGUGAUGAUAUAAAGACUCUCAUGGGCAAAAAGCGCAAAGUUUCCCAGGAUGAGAACCUAAAUAAAACUCUAUUUAGCAGUGUUUCAAACACUGUGCAUGAUACAGAAUCGAAGCACAAAAAAGUUAAGCAAUCUUGAAAAUAGAAACAAUAUCAGGAAGUAUUUUAGAUUCCUAAGUCUUAUAUUUAUUUCCAUUUUGUGAAGUAAACAAAACAUGUAGCCUGGAAAAAUUAUUUUGAUUGAUCAUUUUAAUUAUAUACACAAAAGAUUUUUUUUUUUAAUCUGAAGAUGAUCCAUGUAUGCAGGCUUAGUCCUAUUAUGUCAUAGGUACAGAAUAUUCUCACAGGACUAGUCUAAUAUGGGGUUAUUUAAUAUCUCUAUAGAUUUAUUCUUUUAAAUUUUAGCAACAGUUUAUUGUAAUACCUUCAUGGUUGAUGAAAUUUUCUAAAGUAAUUGAUUAAUAAUAAUGUUAACAUUUAUAUUUUGUGGGGGUGCUUGUGCUGACCCAUUCCCCACGUUAAACAAAAACUACAAAACAAAGCAGAGAAUAUAUACAAAAUAUAUCUAAAAAAAUAAAUAUGCAUGUACACUUGCCAUUCACUGGAUGGAAUUUUCAUUAAACAAAGUCUUUGAGGCUCA